CAAAUCGAUGGAAUCGCUCCGACAUUCGAGAAGAAGCCGGCCAUCAAACAAGAAGAUGACGGACGGGUCCUCUAUUUCGAGUGCAUUAUCAUCGCUGAACCCAAACCGGAGGUCUCCUGGACUCACAACGGGUCACUUAUCAUACAAAAGGGACGAUUCAAGGCCACACUCGAGAAGAAGGGAAAGGGAUAUCACUCUAUAAUGCAAAUCAAUGACGUGAAUGUGGAGGACGCCGGCAAAUACAAGGUGAUCGCCAAGAACGAGCUUGGUGAAAGUAACGCAUCCAUUACCCUUAAUUUUGACGACGAUGAGGCGCCGGUACCCGAAGACGGCGCCAAACCUACGUUUACCGAAAAACCUGUGAUAAAACAAUCGGACGACUGCUCAAAGAUCACGUUUGAGUGUCGAUUAGUGGCGGAUCCCAACCCUACCAUCCAAUGGCUCCACAACGGGAAAGGCGUUAAAGAGGAUUCCAGGCAUAAGUAUUCUCUACAGUCCGACAAACACAACCAAUUGGCCUCUCUGUCCAUCACUGAUGUCUGCGGCGAAGACAGCGGUGAGUAUAAGAUAGUGGCGACCAAUAAACACGGCGACGGAUACGCCACUAUCAAUCUGAACUUCGAUGAGGACAAACCGGACGUUCCCGACGGCAAAGCGCCCCGAUUUCCCAAAAAGCCCACAAUUAAACAAAAGGGAACUACACUUAUAUUAGAGUGUCUUUUAGAGGCGAAUCCUUUUCCAGAGAUCACUUGGUUUCACGGAACCAAAGCCCUGUCCGAUGGCGUACGCCAUAAGACCAAGAAAGCAGACAUUGGCAAAGAUCAGUACACACUGUCACUCGAGAUCUCGGACCCGACCACUGAUGACGGCGGCAAUUAUCGAUGUAAUGCUGUCAACGAAUUGGGCGAAUCCAACGCUAACAUUGCGCUCAACUUUCAAAGCGGUGAUGACGAGGACUUAUCGCCAGUAUUUGUUCAAAAGCCGCGAAUCAUUCCAAGAGAAGGAAGCGUUACAAUGGAAUGUAGGGUCAAAUCAACGACUAAAUUGACAACCGUUUGGUAUAAGGGCUCUACUCUUGUCAAAGAGUCCACAAGAAUUAAAAGCUCUUUAAUUACUGAAUCCAAAGAGGAAUAUACCGUUAAAUUGGAUAUAAAAAACCCGUCCGGAGACGACGGCGGAGACUAUAAAUGUGUGAUAAAGAAUGAAAGCGGAGAACUAAUUGCAAAUCUAAAGCUAAACAUUGAGGGCACCGAUAAAUUAGGAGAUCCGCCCACUUUCGUGUCGAAACCAACGAUUAUAUCCGAAAACAAUGGAAAACUAAUAAUAUUUGAGUGCAAAGUGAAGGCAAAGCCGAAACCGGAAAUCUUUUGGUACUACGAGACGACUCGAGUCCGCGAAUCGACGCGAAUUAAGCAGACAAUGACUGAACAACAGGACGUGUAUGUGAUUCGUAUGGAAAUACACGACCCGGAGCUGAAAGAUUCCGGUGUUUACAGAUGUAAUGUGAAGAACGCCGCCGGAGAGAGUAAUGCAAACCUAACACUCAAUAUUGAAUUCGCUCCUGUGAUCAAAGAAAAGCCACGAAUUAUACGCAAAGAAAGACAACAAAAAAUAGUAAUUGAAUGCAAUGUUGAAUCCGGAGGUAAACCUAAUUUCGUUUGGCAAAGAGAGACAACUCUUGUCAAAGAGGACUCAAGACAUCAGAUUAUUGUGAGGGAAGAGAAUAAAGGAGAGUAUGUUAUCGCACUUGAAAUCGAUAGACCCGGUGCUAACGACAAAGGCAUGUAUACACUGAUUGCCAAGAACUCUAAGGGAGAAGUGGUCUCACAGGCCAUCAAUGUUACCAUUGAUGACGAAGAAGAGGAGGAGGAACUCACGUCUAAAAAGAAGGGCUCGAAGCCUAAAAUUAUUCAAAAACUUCGCUCAGAAACCGUAGAAUCGGGAGAAACGAUAGAAUUGAUCGCAAGAUACCAAUCGAGCGAAAAAACACGAGUUAUUUGGUAUAAAGACAAACGUGUGAUCACUGAAAGUCGAAACUAUAGGAUAUAUACCGACGAUUCGACUUCAAGACUAACCAUAAACAACGCGUCCGAAGAGCUAAGCGGCGAAUAUUCGGUCGAAAUCAUCAACUCUUUCGGCAAAGAAGAGUCGAACGCAUUCUUAAAAGUAACCAAAACUCAAGAGGAAGAGGAGGUCCUCGAAGAAGAAGAGGAGAAAAAGAAAAAAGUGGUCAAAAAGAAAGUCGAAGAAGAAGUCGAAGAGAAAAAGAAAGAGGAAAAGAAAAAAGAGGACGAAAUCAAGAAGAAAGAGGAGACGAAGAAAGUAGAAGAAGAGGCGAAGAAAACAGAAGAGACAGAAAUCGGUAAAAAGAAAUUAUCGAUUAAAAAGAAAACCGAAGAAAAUAAGACCGAAACCAAAAAAGACGAAGAAAUCAAAGACGAAACAAAACUCGAAGAGAAAAAGAAACUCUCGGUUAAGAAGAAGACCGAAAAGAACGACGAAUUGAAGGAUAAAAACAAAGUCGAGGAAAGAAAAGAGAGUUUAAAAGUCGAGGAAAAUAACGUUGCGUUCAAAUUAGACGAUCCGCCAAAGAAAAGGUCUAUUAAGAAAAGGGAGAGUUUAGUCGAUAAGACUAAUGAAGUAAAGGAUACCGAAGAUAAGACUGAA